AACAAUCAUGGCGUUCAUCAGCACUGAAACGCAUCGUGUCUUCUUCUUUUUACUUAUCAUGGUUUCUUACCCAGCAUGCACUGGGAUCUCAGAAGGGGGUAUGUUUAUGGACAAACACGAGGCCAGUGUAUUCUUACAUCGCACUCGUAGAGCCAACUUCUUUCUGGAGGAGUUCAGGCAAGGCAACCUGGAGCGAGAAUGUGUGGAGGAGAAAUGUUCUUAUGAAGAGGCUAAGGAGAUAUUUGCCACAACUCAGCAGCUGGAAAACUUCUGGAGGACAUAUACAGCUGUAGACCACUGCUUAUCAUCUCCCUGUAAGAAUGGAGCAACCUGCACUCGCCACAUCGACAGCUACAUCUGCAAGUGUCCUCCUGGUUUCCAUGGAUUCAACUGCGACAAAGUGCGCUCAACCUCAGGCAGCUGUCGCAAUAAAAAUGGAGGAUGUGAGCAUUUCUGCAGACAACUUCCAAAUCGUUCAUUUACCUGUUUCUGUGCUCCGGGAUACGGCCUGGAUCAGGACAACAGCAGCUGUCUGCCUCAAGAUUCUGUGGUCUGUGGAAGACAACUCGUGCAUUUUGCACCCAGGAUUGUUAACGGGCAGAUCUGCCCCCCAGGACAGUGUCCCUGGCAGGCUUUGUUAACCGAGCACAACAAGUUCACCUGUGGAGCCAUCGUUCUGUCAGAUGUGUGGAUUCUAACCGCAGCUCAUUGUGUUCACAUGAAACCUAUCGCCAUCUUUCAUGUCACCGUAGGUAAAAAUGACCUACACGUGCGUGAGAAAACCGAGCAGCAGCGGCGCGUCCUCAAAGUUUUCAUCCACCGUAACUAUAACUACUCAACCUACGACAGUGACCUGGCUCUGCUAAAGCUCCAUCGUCCGGUGAAACUGGGCAGCUACGUGGUGCCCAUCUGCCUUCCCGCCCGGAAUAGCACCUUCAUGCGGACGCUGGCCAUGAUUGGCCAGUCCACCGUAUCCGGAUGGGGUCGCUUGCUACAGUUUGGCUCCUCUGCCCGGUACCUGCAACGCUUGGUGGUGCCAACGGUCCAUUCACACGAGUGCCGCCUCCACACGCAGCUCAACAUCACCAAGAACAUGUUCUGUGCUGGGCGGAGAAGCGGAGGCCAGGACGCAUGCGAGGGCGACAGCGGCGGUCCGCUGGUAAAGCGCUACAAAAAAACCUGGUUCCUGACAGGUGUGGUGAGCUGGGGGAAGGGCUGCGCCAGAGAAAACAUGUAUGGCGUUUACGCCAAAGUCAGCAACUUCCUGGAGUGGAUUGAGAACAUAAUUGCUACUGGCUGAAACUGGUUCUGGAGCCUGUAGCUCCCUAUUACAA